AUGUGCAAAUUAAUUAAAGUUUUUCAAAAUGAUCAAAAGAGAGUUACCACAAAUGCUUUUACUAUCACCAGAAUAUCAGAGAGGAUUGCUUAUGUCGGUGGUGGCAAUCGGUUUAGAAUAGAAUCACCCGAUUUCCCUGGUGUUAAUCUAACACCGACGUUGAAAGUUAUCAAUGGUGCUAAGGAAGCGGUUUUUAUCUAUAGAGGUCAGAUUCCUGCCACCAAUAUCUACGAGUGGGAUGUACCUCCAAAACCAGUUAAUCUAGCAAUUGCAAAAAAGAGAGGAAGAGAUGAUGAUUCCCAAGUAAAGCUUUAUAUAAUAUUAGCUAAUACCCUAGAUCCUUUAUAUCAAUAUGAUUUUAACUAUGUCACUCCUGAAAUUGAAGGAUUCACUCCAAAGAGUAACUAUAUACAUCAAGCUGGAACGUCGGUAACUAUCACCGGUAAUUACUUCAAGUUGAACGAUUAUGAUCCUUCACCACAAGUGAAUUUCGGUGCUAGUCCAGCGGUGGUUAUAACAUCGGCAAGUGGAUUCAAAAUUAUUUGUGUUGCACCAACCGUUGACAUUGUUGGCAAUGUCAUGCUUAAAGUUACAUUCCCCACUGGUCUAGAGAUUAAAGGUGAUACAGCAUUUGAGAAUAUCAUGCCAAAUGUCGAUACUGUUGUACCAGAUAAAGCUGUCAGCCAAGUCAGUAAGAACAUAAAGAUCUACGGUAGAAUCAGAGUUUCAGAGGAUGACAAACCAUUUACCACCGUCAGGAUUGGUGAUCAACCGUGCACCAACAUCAGAUUCCUCCAACAAGAUGUCAUUUCUUGUGAUACACCUCAGAUUGCAGUGGCUGCCGGAUUAUCUACACCCUUUGAUAUCACCAUUCAAAUUAGAGCAACUGUAUUUCCUCAUGCUAGAUUUACAGUUUAUAAUCCUGUCAUUUCCAACUUUAUACCUAAAUUUGGUUUGUCUACUGGUGGUACCAGAGUGGUUGUGACUGGAAGACAUUUCCAUGAUAUUACUACUAUCGAUGCCGUAAGAAUUGGUACUUCUGUGUGUGUUAUCGAUCUUAUUUCUUAUUAUAAGGAUCUUAUUACUCAGGUUGAAUCGUUUUCUUGUACCACUGGCUCUUAUGAUAUAGGAGGAGCUACCGAGCAAGUGAGUAAUUUCAAUGUCAUCAUUGACGGCCAGACUUUUAUUGCUAGUGUGAAUCCUUCUUUCACUUACUAUGUUCCAACUAUCACAUCGAUAGAGCCAACUUUCGUCACCGGCAACAUAAGAACACCAAUUUUUAUCCGUGGAAAUUACCUUACAUCCGUUACCAAAGUAACGAUUGGUGCAGUCGAUUACGUACCGGGUUCCGUUCUAGAUAAUGUGGUCAGUGUUGUGAUAGAUUCUUCCAAACAUCCCGCUGGAAUUUAUCAAGUCUCUGUCGUCACUCUGAAUGUCUUGACCAACAAAUUCAAUUUAGAUUUUGGACCACCUGACAUUGUUGAUAUCAACAUCAAAAAAGGAUUCAUCAAUUCCUACACUGCGGUAACAUUCAUAGUUCGUAGUUUUCCAGUUGUUCCACUCGAGGAUCUCGAUGAUGCCAUUGCCUUUAAGAUUGGCGCUCAGUAUUGCGAAUAUUUAGAGAGAACCUCCAACAAUGAAUACACAUGCUCCGUGCCACCAAAGGGUAGUGUUUCGACCGAUGUCAUUUCUUUUUUCAUCAACGGUGAAGAAAAGAGAACUACCAUUAGUUUCAACUAUGCCGUUCCAACUGUUACCGCUCAGACUCAAUCUACCGACAUUCCAUUGGGUGGCGGUAAUCUUGUUAUCGAUGGACUUGGAUUAAACUUUGUGACCUCCAUCAAAUUUGACACCACUGAAAUCAAGAUUACAACUUGUACUGUAAAUGGUGAAAUUAAGAUUACUUGUCCAAUUCCAAGAUACAAACCAGGAAGUUAUCCAGUUUCGUUGGUUGUCAAUGCCAAUGGUAUGGAUUACUCGUAUCUAACAGGGCAUAAUCUUGCCUAUGUCGGUCCGUCCAUUACCACAGUGAAUCCAAAACAAUCAACCAAGUACCAGGUUCAUAGAAUCACUCUGACUGGAACUGGAUUCGGUACAUCAGCUGCGUUAAUAUCGAUAAACAUUGGUGCCAAUGCAUGUAAUAAUAUCGCGAUUAUUACAAACGAUGUAAAAGUAACAUGUAGCAUUGACGUUUUGGCUUUUGGAAGGUAUCCAGUCACAAUCACUGUCCAACCCAAUGCGCUCUCUCCCGGUGUUGUAUCUUCCAAUGUUGUUUCCUAUAGUUCAACUAAAUUGUCUUGCUUGGGACGCUCUCAGCCAGAUAAAACCAACGAUCCAGUCGACUGGUGGUUAAUUUAUAAGAUCAGAGGAGAUGCUACAAAUGAUUAUUUGUAUAUCGAUUCUACAAUGCAAAAGUUCGAGAGACUUAGUAAUCUUCAAAACCAUCCCAAUACUGCAGAUGUGUUGUCUCCACUCGAAGCCACCUUUCAGGUGUCAUUGACCAACUACUACUAUAUGUUUUUCAAUGAUCAACCUAACUCCAGAGUUGACUCAGGAGCAAGGUCUAAAGAAAAAACUUAUCUUGGUAUGAGACAAAAUCAAAACGGCGAUAAAUCAGAAGGUCAUUUCAAAACUUCGGUUUUUUUUGACGAUCCUGAUCCAAUUACAAACUUGGUAGGUGGUAUUCAUAUUGCUCAUUCAAAUCCAGCUUUUCCAUCCAAUAUAGAUGCAAAUAACUAUAAUGGUCCUGCUCAGGGUAUCAAAUUCCUUGGUAAAGCAGAUUUCAAUCAACAUUUCUUUUGUUAUCCAUUCGAUAAUCUUGAAAAUGUCAUGGAGUAUGUUUUAAAGAACGAUGGAAAUCUUCUAACCGGAUACCAUAUCUUCCAAGAUAUAAGAACUUGGUUACAAACUAAAAUGAAUCAAUAUCCAUACUUCUAUGAUUUCAUCUCUCACUACCUCGAUUACACAGUGCGUGUGCCAGCUGUCAACACUCCACCAAGAAUGACACCAAAGACUUUAUUGGCAGCUUGUAAUAACAGAGUUGGCAAUACAGCAGGACUGACCCUGGAGAAUAUUUGUUGGUGGAGAAAGGAUCCAAUUGUGAUUCCUAAUACUAAUAUGAACCUAAUUUAUUUCAUGAAGAUUGGAACUAGCUAUACUCCUGCAAACUCCCCAUUCAGAAAUCUUAACGAAGAUGAAUUAAAGGAAAUUUCGGAAUUCAUUGUACCCAAAGAAAAAAUGAUCGAUGGAGUAGAUCUUUGGUUGGUCGUAGCGAAUUCGUUCCAAAAGAAAUAUUUUGUUGAAUUUUUUUUUGGAACAAAAUUUGUGCAAAUGAAAGUCACAGAGAAAGUCUUAAACGUUGCUUAUUUCGAGCUACCACCCACCUAUGCUAAAACGGUUCCAUUGAAAUCACUUUCUUCGGAUUAUCAUUUCAGUGGAAGAUCUAAGGAACAUGCGAAAAUGGGAUUUCCAGUUUAUCCAACUUUUGGUGAUAAUGCACUUGGACCAAAUGAAAACUAUUUCUGUGUUGGUGACAGCAAUAGACAUAAUGGUCAAGGUGACAGAGGUGGUGGUGUAAUUUGUAUACAGAACCCAUAUUUAGUUUAUUUCUUUAAUCGAAUGGUUAGAGCAUAUAAUACUAAGAAUAAUAAGGAUAGAUUAACAGACAAGACUGAUACUAUUGGAUUAUUCUAUGGAGUUACACAACCAAUUAAAGUAAUGAGAGGCACCUGGACAAAGACAUUCGAAGUGGAGGUGAAGGAUUUCAUCAAUGGAAACCAUUAUUCCAAGCUUCCAAAAGAAAUCUACCCGAUUCUCAGUGGUACAGGAACAGCUGCUACCGAUACCAAUGCAAAGUUCAAUGCUCUAAGAACCAGUAAAAACUUUGCCGUGAGUCCUAGUAAUGGUGAGGUAACUGUUGUACCGGUUCCACCAACUCUACCAAAUCAACAGGACAUCUUGAACUUUGUUGCCAAUGAUUUGCUAUCACUUCAUUACAUAGGUUAUGAUCAAACGGUCGGUGCCAUUUGUGACUACAAUGCAGCAAUGACCGAAUGUACUAAAGCUGCCUCUAGAACAACGAUGAUUACCAAUGUCAGACCUGCCAACUAUGUUCAACCACAUUUCCCAGGAGUAUAUGCUCAUGUCUAUGCUGGUGUGCAACCAUUGAAAUCCUAUGACGUGACAACCAACAAUAAUUUCAAGCUAAUCAAAUUCACCUCUGAAUUUAUGACUAAGCUUCCCAAUGCCAAGCGAAACUUUUAUCAAUACCAAUAUGAUGCCAUACCAACUUUGGCCAAUCCUCAAUUCAAACCACCAUUUAUCAUUCGACAGGCCGAUGUUGUAUGUGAAGAGGAAGUUGCUUACUUUAUGACACUUCACUAUAUCUAUUAUCAAUCUGGUGCACCUGAUCCAGCAUUACUAGUAUACAAGAUUGGUACUGAUCUACCCAAUUGGGCAAAUGGUGUAAUUCUAGCAAUAUCCAAACAACUCUAUAAUGAAUUAAAACCAAGUGUAACACCAGCUGUUUUCAAUGGUUGUAUGAAUAAUAUUUUCAACAAUUUCCCAAAUAUUGAUACAUAUACAGAUGAUAAUGAUAUGGCUAAUCCAAGUAAUGAUAAACUAGUAAGAAGAAGUGCUGGUGCUGCUUGGGAUUGGAUGCAGACUUCAUAUUCAAAUGGAGUUGGUGGUAAAAUAGAUAGAGCAAAUAAUAAUCAACGUAUUCUUGUCGCUGAUUUAAUUGAUGCAAUAAUCAAGGCCAGACAGAAUGGACGUAUUCGAACAAUGAAGAACCUAAAGAGAUUCAUAAAGAGAGAGUACAUUCCAACAAACUUUGACGAUAUUCUGGUCAAUAACUAUAUCAUUCCAAGACCACUUGUUGUUUUAAGAACACUGCCAAUGUUAUUCAUGCAGAGUCCAUCGCUAUAUCAUUCCCAAUCUUUGUUGACUACUUCAACUUCUCCAUCGGAUCAGAAAUCAUUUAUUGUUCAAGAUGAACGAUCUACACUAUCUGGUGUUCAGCAAUUAUUACUUUUAGUUGGGUCGAGCUCGAUGAAUUCAACUGAUAUUCUAUCACUCUCAGCCUAUCAAGUAGAGAAAUUGAAGCUAUCAUUCGAUAAAUGGAUAAAUGUCAAUGGACAAAGUCAAGCUAUUCAAACACUUAUCCUGGAUCCAUCCAAUCAGGUUAGAAAUCAACCGAUCAGAUUUAUCGAUGAGCUGAAUCGUGAUCUCGAUGGAAAUUCAAUUGACCUUAAAUAUCAAGAGAUUGGUUCCACCGGUGCAAUCAGAGCAACCAUUUCAUCUCCAUUGUCGAUUGUUUCCAUUACUUUCUUCCUGGAGAGUAUUAUCAUUAGUAAAUCAAUUAGUAAAUCACAGUUUGGUGAUUUCGAAGUUUAUUAUCUUCCAAAGAAAAUCAAUUACAACGGUGUAAUCUCUUCAGAUAUAAAUGGAAUGAUAAUCUCGACAAUGAACUCGCAAUUAUGUGAUAUUCAAAUGAUUAGUGAAUCAAACUUCCUUUCAAACAACUUUGACACUGUUUGUUCUACUAUUGGUCCAGUUAUUACCUCGGUAAAUCAAUUAAGUGGAUCGUCCAACGGUGGAUACACGAUAACUGUAAAUGGAAUUGGAUUUAAUUCAUCAAUGACCAUUCUCAUUGGAUCGAAUGAAUGUGUUUCCACUCAAUACAUUUCACAAAGUAAAUUAUUUUGUCAAGUACCAAAAGGUGUUGGUAAAAACAAUGAAAUUCUAUUGUCAACUCCUCAAAUGAUUUUCAAUCUUCAACGUACAAAAUACUUGUUCAACUACGAUGCACCAGUAAUUACCAGUGUGGAACCAGAUAUUAUCAAGAGCUAUGGAAGUGAUUUAAUGACAAUCUACGGAUCAAACUUUGGCGAUGAUGUAACAAAUGUUAAGAUUCUAAUUGAUGAAAGAUUGGCUUGCUCACCAAUUGUUAGUUUAACCUCAGAUUCUGUUGCUUGUCUAACUCCUGCUGCUAUUGGCGACCAUAGAUCUAUCACUGUCAUUGUCAAAGACCAACCUUCAAAAUUGAAUCUCAAUACGCUGGAAACUCAAUCCUUUAGUUUCAGUGGUCCACAAAUUCUUAGUUUUAUUCCAUCAUCCGGUGAUCCAACCGAUAGUAUUAGAAUUCUUGGUGAUGGAUUUGGACAUGAAGAAGAUUCAGAUCUACCUCCACUCCUAAUCAUUGGUGAUAAUAUGGUUGAAAUUAGCAAUUUUACCAACCAAUUCAUCGAGUUCCAAUUGGAAUAUGACAACGCCAAUCAACCUUUAAUCAUUCAAGCUGGUGACCAAUCUAUUGAUACAGAGUUCACUUAUUAUCCUCCGUUGGUAACUUUCAUCAAAAACUCUAUUAUCAGUACAAGUGGUGGAUUAAUUCAACUUGGUGGAUAUGGUCUUAGUCUAGCAUCGUCGAAUGACUUUGAAUUCCAAUUAAAUUCCCAAGAAAUCGAUUGUAAUCCAUUCGAUCUCUUUAUUGAAUGUUUUAUUCCACCAGGUACUGGAUCGAAUUACAUUCUAUCGGCCACACUAUCCAAUGGUGAACCAAUUGAAUUCGCAGAGAAUAUCAUCAUUUCCUAUUCAGCACCAGUAAUUACAGGUCACACUCUCGUACAAGACACCACUUCAAUAGAAAUCAUUGGAGUUAAUUUCGUACCAUUGGAAUAUGGCAUAACCAUCAACACUAGCUCAUCAUUUAUAAGAUUGAAUUAUCAAGAUCUUCAAUAUGAAGACUGCACAACAUUCAAAUCAAGCAAAUUAGCAUUCUGUUCAUACACAGAAUUACCUCAAUCCAUUCAAAUUUUUGUGUCUGGACAAUCAUCAAACAUUUAUUCUUUAUAUUGA